AUGCGCGCAUAUACAGACGGCCAAUUCUACGGCAUCGCCGCCGCCAUUGGCAAGAUCGGCGCCUUCGUGGGCACGUGGGUGUUCCCUGUGAUCCAGGACAACGCGCCGACGCCGACGCGCAAGGGCCAGGAUCCGUUCUGGGUCGCGUCGGCGCUGGCCAUCUUCGCCGGCGUCGUCGCGCUCUUUUUCUUGCCCGACGUCGGCCAAGACACCAUUGACGAGGAGGACGUGCGCUUCCGCGAGUACCUGCAGCAGAAUGGGUUUGAUACGAGUUUGAUGGGGUUGAAGGAUGCGAGGGAGGGGGAGGAGGUCGAGAGUGGUAGUGAGGCGGUGAAGACGUAG